CUUGUUGAACGGACUGUCCAAUCACGUGCGGGUUUUAAUAACACCACAAACAGCAACAACAAGUUUCCAAAAUGGUGCUCGAAAGUACUAUGGUCUGUGUGGAUAACAGUGAAUAUAUGAGGAAUGGGGACUUUCUACCAACCAGACUACAGGCUCAACAAGAUGCUGUCAACAUCGUUUGCCACUCAAAGACACGUAGUAACCCAGAAAAUAACGUGGGACUCAUCACAAUGGCAAAUAGUAACUGUGAGGUCCUCACAACACUGACUCCAGACACUGGACGCAUAUUGUCCAAACUUCAUGCGGUCCAACCCAAAGGGAAGAUCUGCUUCUGUACCGGUAUCAGAGUCGCACAUUUAGCACUAAAGCACAGACAAGGCAAAAACCACAAGAUGAGGAUUAUAGCUUUUGUUGGGAGUCCAGUGGAGGAUAAUGAAAAAGAUCUUGUCAAAAUGGCCAAACGGUUGAAGAAAGAAAAGGUUAAUGUAGAUAUUAUUAACUUUGGAGAAGAGGAGGUGAAUACAGAGAAACUCACAGCUUUCAUUAACACCCUGAAUGGUAAAGAGGGAACCGGCUCUCACCUGGUGACUGUUCCCCCUGGGCCCAGUUUGGCCGAUGCUCUACUUUCAUCCCCCAUCCUUGCUGGAGAGGGGGGCUCCAUGAUGGGUCUUGGUGCCAGCGACUUUGAGUUUGGUGUUGAUCCAAGUGCAGAUCCGGAACUGGCUCUGGCCCUGCGUGUUUCGAUGGAGGAGCAGCGACAGAGGCAGGAGGAAGAGGCCCGUAGAGUGGCUGCUGCUUCUGCUGCUGAGGCCGGUGUGACCACUCCCAGUGCAGAUGAAUCCGAGGAAGCCUUACUGAAGAUGUCCGUGUCUCAGCCCGACAAUGGGGCAGCGGUGCUCCCUGACUUUAGCAGCAUGACUGAGGAGGAGCAGAUCGCUUAUGCCAUGCAGAUGUCUCUGGCCGGAGGAGAGUAUGGAGAAAUGGACACAGGAGGCCCUAUGGACACAGCAGAAUCGGUCAAGGAAGAGGAUGACUAUGAUGUGAUGCAAGAUCCAGACUUCUUACAGAGUGUGUUGGAAAAUCUACCUGGAGUUGACCCAAACAAUGAAGCCAUCCGCAACGCUAUGGGUUCCCUGGCAUCCCAGACCGGAAACAAACCUGAUGCCAAGAAAGACCAAGAAAAGAAGAAAUGAGAAGGAGUUUAUGGACAAAAUAGACUUUAAAAUUUUUAAAGAAUUUUAAAAUCUCAAACAAAUGCAGGAUUUUUUUCAUUAGAAAUUCGAUUCCCGGGCUUAAGAGAUCACAAUUGUACUACUUUUCUGAUGCACCACUGAAACUAUAGAUAAUAACAAGAUUGUAUUAUUCAAAAUAUUGCUUCCCUUUUUAAACAAGCCAAUUUAAAAAGAUUUACUGCUUUGUGUCCAAUUACACUAUACAACUGACCCAAAUGAACAAUAGGUGACUAAUAUGGUGACAAGAGUGCGGCCUAUCUCAUGUCAUGUUUGGGUGUUUUUGCAAUAAAAGAUGUGUACA